AUGGACUGCGGUAACUACAGGGGAAUUAAACUAACAGAGCAUGGAUUGAAAGUUUUAGAGAGAAUACUGGAUGAGAGACUAAGAGAGAGUGUAAAGAUCGGGAAACAGCAGCAUGGGUUCAUGAGAGGAAGAGGGACGGCAGAUGCCAUCUUCGUAGUAAGACAUCUACAGGAAAAGAAGCUGGAAGGAAAUCAGAAGCUCUAUUGUGCAUUUAUAGACCUAGAGAAAGCAUAUAAUAGAAUCCUAAGAGAAGUGAUAUUUUUUGGUUGGUGGUUGACAAAGAGGAAAGUCCCAGAAAAGUUGGUUAUGUUGGUCGAGAUAAUAUAUCAAAUAAGUACAAAAGUAAUAACAGCAGUUGGGGAAACAGAAAACUUUGAAGUUAAUGUGUGA